CUCUCUCUCUCUCUCUCUCUCUCUCUCUCUCUCUCUCUCUCUCUCUCUCUCUCUCUCUCUCUCUCUCUCUCUCUAUAUAUAUAUAUUAUAUAUAUGUAUGUGGAAUUUUAAAAUGAGUUUACGUGGAUUUACUACGUUAUUUCAUUUUGAAUAUAAAGUUCUGCAAUUCAGAUUCUACUAAUACGACAAAUAUUAAUCAUCUACUACUUCGUAUUCUAGAGGGGUUAUACGUUAGUGUGUUUCCAACAAAAUGAGAAUAUCAUCAGUAACAUGUAGUUAGUGUCGGUCUUGAUAGGAAGCACCAACUUCCAAUAGAAUUAUGGUAUUGACGAUUGACAUCACAUAAGUUGAUUACGUUCACCAGUAGAAAUCUCUUGUGGGUUACAUAACUUUUAUAUUUUCAAAAUUACAGUUUUAGUUUAUUAUUUUUUGCAAAACUGACUACAACGUUUUAGAAUCUAAGUUGGAAGAAGAUUGGUUGGCUUUUCAAUUCUACAACUACGGCUUGCACAAACAAUAAUUUACACGUAUAUAUACAGUAUGCAUAAUGGUUGAAUUCAACUUUUUUGGCGAUUGCAUUAAUAAUUUAAUAUAUAUUUUGUUGUUUAGAGGUUCCUUCCUUUUAACUUCCUUAUAUCAAUACCCACCUUUUCCAGUAUAAAAGGACUAACAAGUCUUACCUUCAGUUCUAAUAUCAGAAAUAUUUGCUUAGACAUUAGCCUAAAAAAGUUUAAGAAAAAAAAUACAUCUUAGAACAUCAUGGGAUCAUUGACAAACUCUCAGGUGAUUCCUCUGACAAAAAUUUCUAGCGACGAGGAGGCUAGCCUUUAUGCCAUGCAGCUUGGCAGCGCGUCCGUGCUUCCCAUGGUUCUGAAAGCAGCCAUUGAGCUCAACUUGCUCGAGAUCAUGGCCAAGAACGAUUGCUUCUUCGGUUCUCAGAUGUCUCCUUCAGAGUUAGCAUCUCAUCUCCCAACCAAGAACCCUUCUGCACACGUCAUGCUGGACCGGAUCCUCCGGUUGCUUGCCUCACACUCCAUACUGACUUGCUCCGUACGUAAACUACCUGACGGUGGUGUAGAGCGUCUCUACGGACUUGACACUGUCUGCAAAUACUUGACUAAUAACGAUGACGGUGUCUCCCUUGCCACUCACUGUCUUUUGAACCAAGACAAGGUCCUCAUGGAGAGUUGGUACCAUUUGAAGGAUGCAGUCCUUGAAGGAGGGAUCCCAUUCGAUAAGGGAUACGGUAUGCCAACCUCCGUUUAUCAUGGGAAAGACCAGCGAUUUGCAAAUGUGUUUAACAAUGGAAUGUCAAACCACUCCACCAUUGUGAUGAAGCAGAUUCUAGAGGCUUACAAGGGCUUCGAAGGAUUAUCAUCUGUAGUCGAUGUUGGAGGUGGAAUAGGAGCCUCUCUUCAUAUGGUUGUUUCCAAGUACCCAACCAUCAAAGGGACCAAUUUUGAUCUCCCACAUGUUAUCGAGAAUGCCCCGUCUCUUGUUGGUAUUGAACAUGUUAAAGGAGAUAUGUUUGUUAGUGUUCCCAAAGGAGAUGCCAUAUUCCUUAAGGUUAGCAAAUUAAGACGUUAUAGAUUCCCAGUGAUUGUUAUAACUCAAUUAUACUUCCACAAAUAUACUAAUAUUGAAUAUAAAAAUAUAUUAUUAGUGGGUUUGCCAUGACUGGAGCGACGAACACUGCUUGAAAUUAUUGAAAAACUGCUAUGACAACAUGUAUGGACAUCUUCCAUAACAAUAAAUGCAACUUUCCUUUUCUUGGAAUGCACCUAUUCUUCUUUCUUUAAGUCAUAAACUUGCUCCUCCUCAAGUUUAUUUUUCUUUCCAUAUCUCCAAGAUACUCUCUUGCUCUCCAAGUCUACACGACUCCAGCUCAGCAUUUUGACUCCACAUGGUCUUCACCACUCACUAUGACGUCUGCUUCAGCAACUACGCCAGAGACUACUUCAGGGCAGACAUCUUACAUCUUAUCAUUUGUUCUUUUAAUAUGUUACUGUUUUUUACAAAAAUAUAAAACAUAAAUAUAAUAAUUCGCCUAAAAUAUACAAUUACAUCAUUUAUACAACAGGAUUUGACUUUGUCUUAAUAUAAAAUAUGUAACUUCUAAAACUAAACACUAUAAUUAUUAUUUUUUUGAAUACUUUUAUGCUUCCACAGGAUGCUUCCGGAAAAAAAAGCUAUACAACUUGUUCUUUAUCUCUGCGAUACUGCAUCCAUGAGUUUUGCGCAUAUCUUCUUUUAGCUUUAAACUCUCACUUGUCCCAUUUUGAUUUUUCUAAACCUUUCCUUCAUACUUGAAAUUCAAAUCGGAUUCUUGUUUAAGAGCUGCUAGAUAGUUCCUACAAGGACCUUUUGCAGAGAAGCAAAAAAAGACCAAGGGAGAACCAAUUAGUCAGAAAAUAUAUAUUUCUAAGAAUUAGAACCUUAUGAGAUAAUUUUUUUUAAAAAAAAGGGUACUUACCACCAAAUACUGUAUGGAGAUAUUGACGAUCCUUAUCAGAGCAAGAGUCUACGAGAGCGUACACACCAGGCCUUAAAGUUUCAUCUACCUCUCUGCAAAAUUUACAAACUCAAUUUAUCUACUUAUUUAGGCGGCAUCCUAUCUAUAACUUUGUAGAAAAUUGAACAAGAUUCUAACGCGUUUCGCGAAAAGUAAAGUGUAAAAAGAGAUAUGUUGUUACCUUUUGAUACCCGUUUUAAGAGGGCCAUAACCGCAAGAAAUCCAUAUGUAAAUUGACAAGAACUUGAAACAAUGAUGUCCAAAGACAUACUUCUUAUGCUGUCUUAGCUGCAAUUCAGUUGUUUCACAAAAAAAAAAAAAAAAAGAGAUAAACAAAGUUGUAGAAUCAUUAAGACCAUCCAAUCUUAAUCCCUCGAAAUGAAAAUCUAAACUUGGUAGAUUUUUGGUCCACAAAAUUGGAAAAAACUUACACAGGUUUACAUUCUCAAAUCAAAACCCAAAAGGAAAAACAGUAAGAUGCAAUGAUUUACCUCUUCGUAGAUCCUCCAAAGAAAACAAGCACAUGUGAUUCCCUUUUCCAUUUCAAACGAAGCAAACAUAUCAACUUUGUUUCCUACUUUCUCCAAACAGUGAAGAAGCACAGAAUAAUUCAACCAAUAUCAAACUAUAUUUUACCUCCCGCAUAGGGUGCGAGCCAGUCACCUAGUGUGGAAAUAAAUAGUAAAUUAUUUAUCUUUUUCUUUUGGUAAAUUUCCAAUGUUCGAACGAAUUACAAUAGUUACGUCUAGAACUGUUCUUAGUCGUCUUACCAUCUUAUAUCACGGCAUCAAGCCUAAGUAUAUUGAAAGAAUGUCAAAAGACUGAAUUCUAAUUCCAACAUAGCUAUCGAGUUUUCGCCUUCUCCUAACCUUCAUUUUCUCACUAAUAUUAACUAGCAUCGUAUUUGUCUUUGACUCUUUAUUAGUUUCUUGUAAAGAAAAUUCUUUAUCAUACAAAUAAUUCUGCAGUACGUACCUCUACGUGCAAUGCGGGCUAGAAGCCUAGAACGCUAACUAAAAAUAUACAACCUACUGAAAGCAAUCGGGAAUUCAGAGUACCUAAACUUAGCAACGCUUUACAUAUAUAUUUCAUUUUAACCAGUUUAUCGUAUCUAUACUAUUAAAGCAGAAUACUUCUUAUGAAUCUGCCCUGAAUUUUCUUAUUAAUUACAAAACAUUCCAUUUCUUUUUUCAAUUGUUUUUAAUGGUUUUCAGAAAUUAAAAGUCCAACACAUUUGCUUCUGUCCAACUAAACAAAACAGCCCAAUAAUUUAAAAAUUUAAAGUCAAAGAAGCCCAACAAUAUUUUCUUUAAAAAAAUUAUAAGUCAAUUUAAAUACAUAAUUAUUAUUUAAUAUUUGUGUAAUUAUAAUUUAAUAUUUAUGCAUUAUUUAAAAAUAUGUAGAAUGAAAAACGUAAUGUCUAUUACAUUUUUCAUAUAAUAUUUAAUUAAUAAGUUAAAAUUGUAAAUAAAUAACCUUACCAAAUAUAUAAUCACAAUAUGAUUAAAUUUAUUGAGUAGAAGUUUGCACAAAUUAAUUAGUACACAAAUUUAUUAUUAUAUAAUAAAAAAUAAAGAAGACAAAUUAUAAAAAAAUUACUAUAAACAAAUAUAAAAUCUAUUAAAAUAUAAAUUAAAAAAAUAUUUAUUAAUUUAAAUGAAAUUUUAAUAAGAAAUGAUUCCGCGCUUUGAAAGCGCGGGUCAAAAUCUAGUUAUAUAUUUAAACUAUUAGAAAACGUGGUGAAUGGAUUAUAAUUAGUCGAUGGCUACAUCAUCAAGAUUAGCCGGGUGUUAAAAAUCCGGAUAAUCUUCUAAUUAAAAAGAUGUUUGCCUGUUAUUAGGAUUGAAGUCGUGCUCGUGUUCUAUGUUUGUGUUUUGAGAGACUCUCUAAGUCCUCUAGGCUUCGCUUAACGGUCACGAAGAACCUAAAAGUAUGAGCAAAACUCAUUCACACCAGACAACAGCCUCAAUAAUGUCGUUUUGACUACAAGGAGAUUAUUGAGUUAAUUAGAUGGACUGAAUUAUACUACAUGAUUAAAUUAUUCUCAAAUAUAAAUUUAAUAAUGAUUAAAAACUCAGUUUUAAGAGUCUGAUUGGUAUUGAUGCUCUAAUAAUUGCUCCAGAAAUUAUCCAGAUAGCACUUUUGACUUAUGUUGUCGUAUAAGACUAGAACAAAAUGCCGUUGCGUUAUUUGAUUCUUUAAGUGGAAAAUUCUUCGUUAGACCUAAUUAAUUAUUGCUUAGAACAUCCACAUUCCUUUAUAUAUCUAAAAAAAUAUUUAUAUUUAAUUUAAUUAUGUAAUUAAGCUUUAUUUUAUUUUUAAAAGUCUAAUCACUUAUCAACACAUACAUCUUAUAUAUUAAAACAGAAGUCACAACUUUGAUUCAUGUGUGAUUUUUUUAAAAAACAGACCUAAUGGACUUAUUCAUAUAAAUUCAUAUUACAUUUUAGUUAAGACUAAUAAUAAAUAGAAUUUUUAAAAUAUUUUAAUCAUAAUAUCUUUUGAUAUCUUUUCAUUUUAAAUAUAAAUAUAUUUAUUUUAAAAUUCUAAUAAAUCUGUUUAAAAAGAUUUUUACAAGGUCUUCAUUUUCGAAAUUAUAUUUAAAUAUUUUUGCUAAUUUCGAAAUUAGUUUAAAAUAUUAUUAUACAUUAAUAUAUUCAGUUAUAUUAAA